GGGAGGGGAGGGAGGGGGGAAUUAGGGAUGAUGAAAGGGAGAGAGAGAGAGGGAGGGGGAGGGGGGGGGGGUAGUGGUGUGGUGGGGGUGGAUAGUGGUGGCGGUGGGCGGUGGCGGUGGAGCGAGUGGAAGACGGUACGGGCCAGGUCGGGAGACCACUGCGGUGGAGCACCAGUGCGGUUGAACACCAUUGCGGUCGAUCUCCACUACGGUCGAUCUCCAUCCUCUCCAAUCAUAUGUGCAUGCACUCCUUCUGUGUGUGUGUGAGGCUGGUGUAUGCGGUGGGGUUGGCGGGGGAAAUGUGCCGCACGGAAGAGAAGGACUCGAUAGCUUCGACGAUGUUCGACGCGGCUUCGAUGGCCGACUCACGUAAGAAGGACGAUGAUUGGGUGGAUGAUGCCGAUGCGGGCGGACUUGACAGCUUGGAGCAAGGAGUGUGUUGACAGCACAUGGCAUCGGAUUUCACAGAAAGGGCGUUGAUGGAGAAGAGCAGCAAGAGUAAGCAGCUCGGCCCGGGUGGGGCAGCGAGCAAGAGGACGAACCCGGCUCGACGGCAUGAGAUCUCGCGUGGCUCGACGGAUGGCCAGUUUCUAUGCGGGUGUGCGGCGGCGCCGUGCUUGUGCGCGCGGAUUGUGCGGGCGCUGGCCGACGGCGAGGAGGCGGCCGACGGGCGGAGCGUGAAUCCGAGCGAGGGGUUCUUCUCGGAGAGCGAGACGGCGACGGCGCUGGCGCCCGAGGUCGACUUUGGACCUGUCGAGUACAAGUGGAAGCUUGCGACGCCGUCUGCGUCGCGGCUGCGGCAUCUUGUGACGCAGCUCAAGUUCCGGCUGUCGGAGGGCGGCGGCGAGGCGAUCUACGAGGUCGGGGUCACCGACGAUGGCUCGCCUGUGGGACUCUCAGACGAGGAGCUGGCCGAGACGCUGGCGACGCUGGAAGCAAUGGCAGCCGAACUGCAGGCGGACAUGACCGUCCUUCGCACCCGGCAGGGCACGCACGGCAAGGUUGGCGAGGUCCUCAUCCGCAAGCUGGCAAACGAGGAGUUUGUCGAGGUUCGCGUGGCAACCAUGGGCAACGUGGACGCGGGCAAGUCGACGCUUGUGGGCGUGCUCACGGCCGGCCAGCUAGACAACGGGCGCGGGCUUGCACGGAUGAACGUGCUGCGCCAUCCGCACGAGCUAGAGAGCGGGCGGACGUCUGCGGUCUCGCACCAGCUGCUCGGUUUUGACUCGAAGGGUGGCAUCGUCAACUACCCGGAGGGCGGGGCGUUCGGUCGGGCACGCUCUCUUCGCACGAUCUGGCGUCGUGGCCGGAGAUCUGCGCCAACGCGACCAAGGUUGUGGCCUUUGCCGACCUUGCCGGCCACGAGCGGUAUUUGCGGACGACGCUCACGGGGCUCACCCGGAGCCACCCGGACUUUGUCAUGCUUGCGGUCGGCGCGAACGCGGGGCUGAGCGGCAUGGCUGUGGAGCAUCUCGAUGUGACUCUUGCGCUCUCAGUCCCGACCUUUGUGGUGGUGACCAAGGUCGACAUGGCGCCGAAGCGGGUGCGCAAGGCGACACUCAAGGCCAUCGCCAAGCACGUCCGUGCGCCAGGUGUCUCCAAGAUGCCAGUCAUGGUGCGGAGCGAGGAGGAGGCUAUGGUCGCUGCGCGCAACAUCCUCUCGUCGCGGAUCACCCCCAUCUUUGAGGUCUCGUCGGUCAGCGGUGCCGGCCUCGCCACGCUCAAGACCUUCCUCAACCUCCUUCCGCUCAAGACAGACUGGGCGGCCGUCCAGAGCGCUCCGCCCGAGUUCGCCAUCGAGGAGACGUUUGUUGUUGCCGGCGUCGGGACGGUGGUGUCGGGCGUGGUCCGCGCCGGCACCAUCGUCGCCGGCGACUCGCUGCUGCUCGGCCCAGACUCGACGGGCGGCUUCACGCCCGUGAUCGUCAAGUCGAUUCAGGUGGCGCGGAGCUCGGCCAAGGCUGUGGCGGCCGGGCAGACGGCGUCACUCGCUCUCAAGCGGGUCAAGCGCCAGGCGGUGGGCAAGGGCAUGAUGCUGCUCGACGCCGGCCUCGCGCCACAGGCUCACUACGAGUUUGAGGCCCACAUCCGCGCGUUCUCAACCCGGUUCCCCAUCCGGGUUGGCCACGAAGCGGUCAUCCACACUGGCACCACACGGGCGACGGCGCGGGUCGAGUCGAUCUUCCCCGCUGCCGGCGAGUCGGUCACGCCACAAGCCGGCGAGGUCGAAGUCGCGUUCCCUGUCGCGUGCGCCGACGGUGUGCAUGAGGCCGCAGGCGCCGCAAGUGCUGCGGCAAGUGCGCCUGGCUCGGUCUCGGUCUCGACCACCACUGAGUCUGUCGUCCGCUUCCGAUUCCUCUACCAGCCGCACUACCUCCGCAUUGGCGAGCGGGUCGUCUUUCGCGAGGGCUGCGUCAAGGGCGUCGGCAAUAUCACAGGCGUUGGCGGCCCGCCGGAGCUCGUCCUCCGCAUCGCACCAUCCAAAAAGAAGCAGUAGCAAUUGCAAUAAUAAUGGUGAAGCUG